AUGUUAGAAAUCGAGUUAUAAGGAUAUUUAGAUAAAGUAAACUUAAAUGUAUAAAAUAUCCAAAAAUUAAAAGCUUUAAUAUCUCCGCAUACAGGCCUUAAAUAUUGUGGAGCAGUACAAGCAUAUAGCUAUAAAUAUAUAAACCCUUAAAAUAUUUAAAGAAUAUUUUUACUCGGACCUUCACAUCGAAUAUUUAUAUAAGGAUGUGGAUUAAGUUCCAUGGAUUUUUUCGAAACCCCGUUCGGAAAUAUAGAAAUAGAUGUAGAAAUUAUAAAUGAACUUUAUAAAAACUAAAAAGAUUAUUUCGUAAAACUUGAUUAAGAAACUGAAUAAAAUGAACAUAGUUUAGAAUUAUAAUUACCAAUGUUAAAAAAAUAAAUGGGAGAUAAAUAAUUCAUAUUAAUACCUAUUAUGGUAGGAUAAACUAAUUAAGAAUUAGAUGUUUAAUACGGGAAAAUAUUUAGUAAAUAUUUUGAUGACGAUAGUACUUUGUUUAUUAUUUCAAGUGAUUUUUGUCACUGGGGAUAAAUAGAAUUCCAAAAUUAUUUAAACUCAACUAAAAAUACAAUAUGUGGAAGAAGAGGAAUAAAUAUUUUACUAAAUAACAACAUAAAAGAUAAUUUAGAACAGUAAAUAUACGAACUAAUUGAAAACUUAAUUUAUUUAUUAUGCGUAAAGUAAAAAAGUCACUGA